AUCGCCCACUUCCCCAUCGACUUGAUCAUUCAUACUUUCGUUCCGUCGUUCUUUCCAGCCUUUUCUUUCUUUCUCUCAAUUGAACUCCUUCACUAUGCGUCAAUACUCGCGUGCUGCCGCCGCCGCCGUUGCUCUGGCAGCAACGGCGCGCGCCACCAACUCUUCCUCGCUGGCCGCUCUUUGCACGGUCGCUCACGUCCAGUCGGCCCUCCCUGCCAAUGGGACUCUGCUUGGAAUCGACUUGAUUCCUUCCUCGGUUACGGCCAAGACCGCCACCAGCUCUGGCUACGAGUACUGCAACGUCUCCGUUUCCUAUGUUCACACCGGCACCUCCGACGAGGUCAUCCUGAACUACGGCUUCCCCAGCCCCGAGGAUUUCGCCAACCGGUUCUAUGUCGCUGGUGGCUUUGGUUACAGUCUGACCUCCAGUGUCACGACUGGAUUGGAGUACGGAGCCGUGGGUGCUGGCACUGAUGCGGGUUAUGGCGCCUUGUCAGGCACCACCGUCGACGAGGUCAACCUCUACGGUAACGGCACCAUCCACUGGGAUAACAUCUUCAUGUUCGCCUACAAGGGCUUGGGCGAGAUGACGACGGUCGGUAAGCCCUUGACCCGGGCUUUCUACGGUCUCGAAGACGAGGCCAAGGUGUACACCUACUUCGAGGGCUGCUCCGAUGGUGGCAGACAGGGUAUGAGCCAGAUCCAGCGCUACGGUGACCUGUACGACGGUGCAGUCAUCGGUGCCCCUGCUUUCCGCUACGGUCAGCAGCAGGUAAACCACCUGUUCUCCGGCGUUGUCGAGCAGACGCUUGAUUACUUCCCCCCUACCUGCGAGAUGGAGAAGAUUGUCAACGCGACCAUCACCGCUUGUGAUCCUCUCGAUGGCAGAACCGACGGUGUCAUCUCCCGCUCGGAUCUGUGCCAGUUGGAGUUCAACCUGACCUCGAUUAUUGGCGAGUCCUACUACUGCGCUGCGGAGACCAGCACCUCGCUUGGGUUCAACUUUGGCAAGCGGAACGACGGCACGCAGACCUCGACUACCCCGGCCCAGAACGGGACGGUGACCGCGGAAGGUGUCGCCGUCGCCCAAGCCAUCUACGAUGGACUGUUCAACUCCAAGGGCGAGCGGGCCUACCUCUCCUACCGGAUCGGCGCCGAAUUCACCGACGCGGAAACCACCUACGACAACACCACCCAGUCGUGGGGUCUGGAUAUUCCCUCCACCGGUGGCGAAUUCGUCGGCCGCUUCAUUGAACUCCUCGACGUCUCCAACCUCGACAACCUGAACAACGUCACCUACGAUACCCUGGUGGAUUGGAUGAACCAGGCCAUGGUUCUGUACAUGGACACCCUGCAGACCACCCUCCCCGAUCUCACCACCUUCCAGCAGUCGGGCGGCAAGCUCAUCCACUACCACGGUGAAUCCGACCCGAGUGUCCCCACCGCCUCCUCCGUCCACUACUGGCAGUCCGUCAUGAAGAUCAUGUACCCCGAUCUCGGCUCCUCCAAGGCCAUCGAGCAGCUCAAGGAAUGGUACCAGCUGUACUUGGUCCCCGGAGCCGCCCACUGCGCGCGCAACACCCUCCAGCCCAACGGUCCCUUCCCUGAGGACAACAUGGCCACCAUGAUCAAGUGGGUCGAGAACGGUGUUCAGCCCACCGGAUUGAACGCCACCGUCGAUGCCGGCCAGUACGAUGGCGAGGUCCAGCAGCUCUGUCAGUUCCCCAAGCGUCCCCUCUGGAAGAACAACAAGUGGCAUUGCGAGAGCGAUUCCGAGGGUGCCGAUACCUUCUACUACACCUUCCCCGCUUUCAAGGUCCCUGUCUACUAGAGACUCUGGGUGUUUCUGGGAUGAAGUUCUGCCCGCAUCUGGAACUGUGAGGCUGGGCUCUUCGUGGACCUUGACUCGAUUCCUCUUAUCCGUGUAAUUAUUACUAUAGUCUGGACUGCCGAUUGCUCGUCGGUGUUCAUGUAUCAUACAGACUUUUUAGAAUUCACUUCAUUCGAG